CGAAAAGAAAAGGGAGUGAGGCAGAGAAAUAGCCGGGGAGAGAAUUUCAUUUGGCCGCGCGGAUCCUAAAUCGGAGCACCUGAACUGGGAGGCUUCCCUUUGGCCUCCCAAGAAAAGGGAUUUGGAACUAGGGUAGGCCUUAGGCAGAGAGUCAAAUAUAGUCCGGGGCUGCCGCCGGGCAGGCCGACAGUCUGGACCCGCGACAGUGAGGAGGAUAGGGAAGCAAAACCAGCCUGGUCCGGUUCUGUUUGGUUCGGACUCUGACCAAACCCGCGGCUGGGAGGAAAAGGGGCAGAAGUCGGACCCUGUAGCCUGGAUCCGGUUGAGGAGUCUGAAGAAACAUCCCGGAUUUAGUGACAUCCCCGACAAAACUGGAAGGCAGGGACAGGUCGGGAAGUGGGUUUCACUCGGUGAGAAGUAUCCCAAGCAGCCCAUUGCCGUCUCGAGUGGCCAGAGAAGACGGGGUGGUUCAUGAUGGGCUCGGUGCUCCCCGCGGAAGCCCUGGUGCUGAAGACUGGCCUGAAGCCUCAAGGGCUGUCUCUGGCUGAAGUGAUCACCUCCGACAUCCUGCACAGCUUCCUAUACGGUCGCUGGCGGAACGUUCUGGGAGAACAGCUCUUCGAAGAGAAGUCUCAUCACGCCAACCCCAAGACUGCCUUCACCGCAGAGGUCCUGGCUCAGUCCUUCUCCGGAGAGGUGCAGAAGCUGUCAAGUCUGGUGCUGCCAUCCGAAGUGAUUAUCGCUCAGAGCUCUAUCCCCGGGGAGGGCCUGGGUAUCUUCUCCAAGACCUGGAUCAAAGCAGGCACUGAGAUGGGUCCCUUCACAGGCAGGGUCAUCUCUCCGGAGCACGUGGACAUCUGCAAGAAUAACAACCUAAUGUGGGAGGUAUUCAACGAAGAUGGCACAGUUAGAUAUUUCAUUGAUGCAAGCCAAGAAGAUCAUCGAAGUUGGAUGACUUAUAUCAAAUGUGCCCGAAACGAGCAAGAACAAAAUCUGGAGGUGGUACAAAUUGGCAACAGUAUCUUCUACAAGGCAAUUGAGAUGAUUCCUCCAGAUCAAGAGCUGCUGGUUUGGUAUGGGAACUCCCAUAAUACUUUCCUGGGGAUUCCUGGUGUCCCAGGGUUGGAAGAAGAACAGAAGAAGAACAAACAUGAGGACUUCCACCCAGUGGACACUGCCGCCAACACCGCGGGCCGCAUGCGCUGCGUCAUCUGCCACCGGGGUUUCAACUCCCGCAGCAAUCUGCGCUCUCACAUGCGCAUCCACACCCUGGACAAACCCUUCGUCUGCCGCUUUUGCAACCGGCGCUUCAGCCAGUCCUCUACCCUCCGCAACCACGUCCGCCUGCACACUGGCGAGCGCCCGUACAAAUGCCAGGUAUGCCAGAGCGCCUACUCCCAGCUGGCGGGGCUGCGAGCGCACCAGAAGAGCGCCCGCCAUCGACCCCCCAACGCCUCGCUGCAGGCUCACUCCCCGGCCCUGCCGGUGCCCCACCCCACUUCCCUUGCAGCGCACCACAUCCCCACCAUGGUGCUGUGAGAUGCCCUGGCUGGCCUGCGACGGGAAGCAUUGGAGACUGGCAUCGCGGCGCGGCCCUGGCUCCUAUCCUUUCCAUUCCUUCCCUCCCGAGAUCUGUGAAAGCUGACCUCUUGGAAUGGGAAGGGGAGUGCAGAGAUGGGGCUGGUUUCAUCUUUUGGUUUUAAGGCAGCUGAGUCCCCUCUCCCACUCGGCUUACAUCCCCAGUUUGUAUACUGCCUCCUUCUCCAGGGAGCAUGGGGUGGAGGGGCAGGAGAAGGCACACUCAGUGUGGUUGAUUGAUAUUAUAUAUAUAUAUAUAUAUACAUACAUAUACAUAUAUAUUUUCUUCUCACAUCACCAUCUUUUGGCCCUUGUAAAUCAAUCUGUAUCUCCCUUCCCCUCACCUAGCUAUCACCAGGUCCCCAGACUCACCUGUGAGCCUUUUCCCUUCUCAGGAAAGGAGUCAGAAGGUGGGUGGGGGAAAUGAGUGAGGAAGGAGAAGAAGGGGAAUGGAGCAAAGAUAUCUGCUCCCCCUUCUCCCGCACCUCCCAACUCUAGAAAGUUGUGAUCCUCCGGAAAAGGACAGCAUGGGGGGGGAGGGGGAUGUUGGGGGAGGGACAAAGAGAGCGAUCUGUGAUUUCCCUGUGGCUUAUAGUUCAGUCUGGAGGCCAAAGUAAUGGGGGCUGGAAUGGGAGUGGGUUUGGAAUCAGGAAUUCCUCCACUCCCCAAACAAGGGGUACCUCUGGUGUCUUUAAAACUCCUCCAGAUCUCUCCCUUCACUCCCUUCCCUUCCACUCUCUAUUAUUCUCAGGAAACAGAUGCAGGUUAGUUGGUUUGAGUUCAAAAACAGUGUCCUUGCUAAAGCUGCUCCCUCAUGGGACCCAGGUCUGGCCGGGACAAAAAAGGAUGGGUAGAGACUGGGAGGGCAGGCUUGAGACCACUAGGUUUUCAGACCAAGAGAUGCAAGACUGGAUUUCAGGGCCUAUUGUUACAACGUUCUGACAUCAGACCGUAUCCUCCCCUGACCUGGGCUCCUAGAAACUGGAAACUGGAAGCCUAAAGGGAUUAUGGUAGAUCAGGCCAACUGUGUAGGAACAGAUUUGGGAGGAGUAAGGUCAAGAGGUGUCAACGCCAUGGAAUUUAAUUCUACCCCCAAAGCCUCAUCUGAAUUGUCCUCAGGGGAGAAAUGAGGAGAACUGGCAACAGUGCUUUUGAGUCUCACCCUCGCCCCCUCCCUGAAAACACUUCCAAACAGCUGUGAAAUCCCUUGGGAAAACUAGGAGACUACUUCACCUGAUUUCACAGCCCCAGCCCUCUGGAGACCCAAUCACAUCUUCUUCCCCUCCCUCCCCACCCCAAAUUGCUCCUAAACUCCAGUAACUAGCGCCCUCUAGUGUCUCCCACCUUGUCCCAUAGUCAUUAACAAGUGACAAGUCCCUUAGGGUUUUGUAAAAUAAUAAUUAAAAAACCACUAUAAUAAUAUUAAUGAAAAGUAUAAAGUGUAUAGAGUUUUCAAAAACUGUGUUCUAC